CCCUAACACUCUUCACUUCACUCCUCCCUCUCCUCUCUGAUUGUGCUUUCAUGAUUUGAUUUGAAGUUCUUCCUUCUAAAGCUUCAUUUUUCUGGCGCAGAUCUGCUUGUUCAUUCCCACCACUUUUCAUCUACUUCAACAUAAAAUAUCGCCUCUGUUUUUCGUUUCUCUCUGCAUCUCAGAAUAACUUCUUCAAUCGUCAAGCAUCUCCAUAAAUCAGAUGGGUAGCAUUAACCACAACCAACUCACGCUCUCCAUAUGGUUACUUUAUGUGCUCGUCUUCAUCGUAUCUCAAGUGGACGCUCAAAACGCUCCCCAACAACUGAAUGUGACAUUCAUUACGGAUGCCAUAACAAAAGGGGCUGUCUGCUUGGAUGGAUCCCCUGGAGCCUACUAUUUUAUCAAGGGAUUCGGAGAUGGAAUCAACAGUUGGAUGAUUUUUCUACCGGGAGGAGCAUGGUGUGGUACAAAGGGAGGAUGCCUCUAUAGAAGCAACACAAAUUUCGGGUCCACCAAAAAUCUUCCUCCUUUAUAUUUACCUUUGGUUGCUUGCCAAAGUCCCAACAAAACAAUAAAUCCAGAUUUUUAUAACUGGAAUAUUGUUUUGAUCCAAUACUGUGAUGGGGCAUUAUUUAUGGCAGAUGUUGAAGCCGUUAAUCCGGAAACAAAUCUCCAUCUAAGAGGCCGGAGAAUCUUCACAUCUGUAAUUGAAGAGCUCAUAAGUACUCAAGGAAUGAGUAGUGCUGAAAAUGCUUUACUCAUAGGAAACUCGGCAGGUGGGUUGGCGACGAUCCUAAAUUGUGAUCUUUUCCAUUCUUUCCUACCCGGUGCCUGUCGUGUAAAAUGCAUUUCAGAUUCUGGCUUCUUUAUUCGAGCGGAACAUCUCAGUGGAGCUCAGGACAAUGCCACAGACUACUUUCGCAAAGUAGUUUUAUUUCAUGAAUUAGCCCAAUUUCUACCGGAGUCAUGCACACAAAGACUUGCUCCAGAAUUGUGUUUUUUCCCGGAAAAUGUGGUCAAUGAUAUCCGGACGCCAUUGUUUUUGCUAAACUCGGAUUUUGACAGAUAUCAAAUAACGACAUACAUAGCACCGAAUUCGCCUAACGAAGUGGGUUGAAAUAAUUGCACUACAGAAUUUAGCAAGCUUUCAAGUUGCACAGAAAAUCAACAACAUAUCAUAAUGGAUUUUCAUACCACGUUUCUGGAAACAUUGGAGAAACUAAAUGAUAAUCCAUCAAGAGGAUUAUUCAUCACAUCAUGCUAUGAGCAUGAUUUUAUUUACAAACAGUAUUGGCAAGGAACACCCACUUUGCAAAAUAAGACAAUUCAACAAGCUGUGGGUGAUUGGUAUUUCGAUAGAAGUAGUGUUGUACUCGUUGACACUCAAAAUUUAUAUCCAAUUAAUUGCAAUGUAACAGUUUGAAUCCAUUUCAUGCACAACACUAAAAUGCAUUAAUUUGUAAAUUCUGUCGGUUAUUUUAUGUUAUGCUAAAUUAUCUGACUUUCAUCA